CUCUUUGAUGUGUUAUACUUAUGUUAUUCAAUCUCAUUCAACUGCAGGUUGUUGUAGCGCCAUUAAUUUCCCUCGGCUCAUUAAGUUUGAGCUGGAUACAUUUGGCUCAAAUUCCUCAAAGUGUUCGUUGGAACUACUUAUGUUUCUCCUUCAUAACUCUCCUAUACUAAAAGAGCUUACGAUCACCUCUGUUAGUAACUUCCUCCUUGUCCCUCGAACAUUUUUAAAGUAAAAAAUAGUUUUUUUUUUAAAUCCGUCCUCGUUGCCUUCCAGGAUGUGGGUAAACCCUCUAAAAAUCUCCCAAUUUUGUGUAACCAACAAAGUUCUGUACCGGGAUGCUUGUUGUCCCAUCUCGAGAUCUUGUGUGGGGAGAUUUUGGAGGAAGAAGACAUGAGAGAGAUUUUGUGGCGUACAUUCCUUGCAAACUAAAGUGUUUAGAGACGGCGAGUAUCUCUCCGAUACGUUACUACAAUCUCUAGGAGAAAGAAAAGAUGGUGGAGGACUUAAAAUCUAUGUAUAGGGUUUCAGCAUCAUCUCAGCUGAAACUCCAUUUCGUGGAUUAGAUACUACAGAUCUUGGAAGGGCAACAACUUAAAGAAAUAACUGUUUUCUUCUUAUCUGGACCUUUUGGUAUGAACACUCUGGUUAUGUGAAUAAUUAACUUUAGUUCUCUAAAGUGCUAAACUACCUAGCUUCAUAUGUUUUGUUCAUGGUCUUUUGCCAUAUUUUCAUUUUAUAUAUGUGACUAUUAGCAAGCAAAUGUUGUAAACAGAUAUUGCUUGAGAUUAAGAAGAAAUUAUUUGUUUGCUUCUUUACCUUACACAUGAUCCUUGCUCUUGUUGUGUCUUUCUUCAACUAUCAUAUUCCAAAUUGCGGAUUUAUUUCUCAAAGAAAUACUGGUGGAUUUAUCAUCAAAAAAAUCGGUUGCUAGAAAACAGAUGGAGAAGCUUUUUUUUUUUUUUUUUUUUUGAACAACCAAAACAGAUGGAGAAGCUUUAACAUUGUUUUUCAUAACUUGGAAUUAUGCACUUACUCAAAAGAGUGAUUGAUAGUGUUAUUUGUUAUUAUAAAUCUUUUAAAAAAUAUUAUAUGAAUGAGAUUUUUAAACUUAAACUUUAUCAAGAUUAGGGUUUUCUUCUUCGUGCAGUUAAUCCUUCGUUCUCGAGUAAACAAAAAAAUGCCCGGUGAAGACAGGAUCAGUGCGUUGCAUGACGAUUUGCUGUUGAAGAUAUUGUCUCAAGUCCCAACAAAGGAUGCAGUGACCACCAUGGUCUUGUCCAAACGAUGGGGUUUGGUCUGGACGAUGGUACCUAAACUCGAGUACACGGAUAGAAGCAAAGAAGGGGAGAAUAGCAUUUGGCGCUUAAUUGACAAGUCUUUUCAACUCCACAAAGCACCUGUACUAGAAAUAUUGCGUAUCCAAAUUGAUCAUUAUCAGUUUUCCAAUGAUGCAGAUAUAGGGAAGUGCAUUUCAUACGCUGUUGACCACAAGGUUCGAGAGCUAACUCUUUUCUUACCAUCUCAAGAUUCUCAACCAAAGAUCCUACAGCUACCAUCAAACGUUUACACUUCAAAAACGCUAGUGACACUGAUUCUAUCAUGCAGUGCUCUGGUCGUGGAUGUCCCUUCCCUACCUUGCCUUCCUUUGCUUGAUACGCUGGCCCUUCUCGGUGUUAGGCUUCUAUCGAAUUGCCCUGCGCUCAGUUAUUUGUGUGUGCAUCGAAACAUGAGUGACAAUGUGACAAGGUUCAUUGUGAAAGUUCCUUCUUUAAAGAGUUUUACAUACUCGCAACGCAUAAGAGCUUCUGCGAGGCCCUUAGUCUUAGACUCGCCUGGAUUACAACGCCUUAGUUUAAGUGAUCGAGACUUAGACUCGAUCCACUAUAUGCCUCACCUUGACUGGGCUGAUGUUUCUCUCUUUGCUCCUUACCCGAAAGACGAUAAGUUUCUGAGAUUUUUUUCCUCUGUCAAGGUUCUCCGUUUGAGUCUAAGAAACGUAAGCAUUUCAAUAUCCUUUUUCAGUUUUUUUUUCUAGUGAGUUUAUUAACAUUUUUAGGUUAAUCUUAGUCUUAUAUUAAAAUUGAUAUUUUUUGAGGCACAUAACUUAUGUAUAAUAGCUUUUUAAAUUUUGAAAACCAAUGCAAAUGUUAAUUUAUCUGGCUCUGGCCAGAACCGAUCCUGCUUUUUAAUUCCCAUGUGAUCUCUUUGCUAAGUUCUACUUUAUAUUAUGUUCCAUUUCGUCCAGUUGCAGGCUGCAUGUUGUAGCGCCAUUAAAUUCCCUCGGCUCAUGAAAUUUACGCUGCAUCUUGGUUGCUUAGAUGAUGACUUAGAGUGUUCGUUGGAACCACUUAUGCUUUUCCUUCAUAACUCUCCGAUACUAAAAGUUCUUAGGAUCGACUAUGUAUGUGACUUCAUCAAUGUCCCCCUCAAACAAGUUUCAGUUUUGAUCGACUAUGUAAUUACUUUUCUCCUCGUUGCUUUUUAGGAUGUGGCUAUUCGCUCUAAGGAUAUCCCACUUUCGUGGAACAAACCAAGUUCUGUACCGGUAUGCUUGUUAUCCCAUCUAGAGAUCUUUGUAUGGAAAGCGUUUGGAGGAAGAAGUCAAGAGAGAGAGUUGGUAGCGUAUAUCCUUGCAAACUCAAAAUGUUUAAAGACGGUCAGAACGUCUCCCAGUUACUUUCUCGAGGAGAAAGAGAAAGAAAAGAUGAUGGAGGAGAUAAAAUCUAUGUAUAGGGUUUCAGCAUCAUCUCAGC